AUGUCAAGCCAGAAUGACAGUGCGAAAUUCACUACUACAAGAUACAAAUUAACUAUCCCUCCAGGUGUCGUGAUCUGCAAAACAAAGCCUGAGAUUGUCCGAUUGCAGAAUCUCGAGGCCAACUUGGGAACACUCGGCUACCCUGAGAAUGGCGGGCACUAUCUCAAGUUUCCAGAGGGCAAAGUCGUCGCAGUCGCUUCUGAUCAUCUCUGUCUUGUCUUAGAUGAGUCAUACAUGGUGCUCUAUUUCAAUCUCAAGAGUCAAGGUCUAGAUGAAGAGGCUGAGCAAACUUUGAAGAGCUUACGAAAAGCUGGAAUUGACGCGGAUGCACUUGUGAGAGAUGCAAGUGAUGCGAUUAAGGGCGGAGCAUGUGUUUAUGAGCCUAUGUUUGAUGGUUGGUCUCGACAUGGACCGAUCUAUGAUCAAAACGACCUUAACCCCAUUUACCGACUAUUCUUUCAAGGACGUCAAGUUUUUUACAGCAUAGCACUAUGA